CCUUCCCGGACCCUGCGCCCCAGCCUCCCCAAAGCCGCCGGGGGUGCGCGCGCCUGGGUGAAGGGGGGUCACCGGCUGGCCGGGAUGGCUUCCAAUUUUAAUGACAUCGUGAAGCAAGGGUACGUGAGGAUCCGGAGCAGGCGCCUAGGGAUUUAUCAACGAUGCUGGUUAGUAUUCAAGAAAGCCUCAAGCAAAGGUCCAAAGAGACUGGAGAAAUUUUCCGAUGAGCGAGCUGCGUAUUUUAGGUGUUACCAUAAGGUCACAGAACUCAACAAUGUGAAGAAUGUAGCUCGAUUGCCAAAAAGCACCAAGAAACACGCCAUAGGGAUUUAUUUCAGCGACGACACCUCCAAGACCUUUGCUUGUGAAUCAGAUCUUGAGGCUGACGAAUGGUGCAAAGUACUCCAGAUGGAGUGCGUAGGGACACGGGUCAAUGACAUCAGCCUCGGAGAGCCCGACUUACUGGCUACCGGGGUUGAGAGAGAACAGAGUGAGAGAUUCAAUGUGUAUUUGAUGCCAUCUCCUAACUUAGAUGUACAUGGCGAAUGUGCCUUGCAGAUUACAUAUGAGCACAUCUGUCUUUGGGACGUCCAGAAUCCCAGAGUCAAACUCAUCUCUUGGCCGCUAAGCGCCCUGCGGCGGUACGGACGAGAUGCUGCUUGGUUCACUUUUGAGGCAGGGAGGAUGUGUGAGACUGGCGAGGGGCUCUUUAUCUUUCAGACGCGAGACGGGGAGACCAUCUACCAGAAGGUCCACUCUGCUGCCUUGGCGAUCGCCGAGCAGCACGAGCGCGUGCUGCAGAGUGUGAAAAACUCCAUGCUCCAGGUGAAGAUGAGCGAGCGGGCCGCCUCGCUGAGCACCAUGGUCCCCCUGCCUCGCAGCGCGUACUGGCAGCACAUCACGCGGCAGCACAGCACGGGCCAGCUCUACCGCCUGCAGGAUGUCGCCAGCCCUCUGAAGCUUCAUCGAACAGAGACUUUUGCCGCCUACCGAUCUGAGCACUGACAGUAACUGCCAAGGAUGGUCAUGUGACACACGUGCGAUGUGUCAGCCACAGAUCCAGCAGGAGGUCGCAGGAUGACAGCGAGAGAAGGAGGAAGAAAAAGGAGCUUCCAGCCCUGGCUAAUCGUGUGAUCAUUGGGGAACUGCAAUACAAUUCUUUGUCUUUCUUUACGCCUUUCUUUUCUUUUCGUUUUUUCUUUUUCUAAAAAAAAAAAAAAAAAAAAUCUUAGCGUAAUGGAAACCUGCUCUGUAGACAUUGACCUUUCGUUCCCCCUUUUACAGCUGGACAGAAAGGAGUCAAUGCCGCAAAAUGAUUUUCUAUCGUAGGUACCGUGUUCCUUGCACUUCUCAGAAUCUGUCCUUUUGUGGGUUCUUGUGAUUUUCCCUUCCGAGUGGUUUAAUUGUAUGACGAUUGGUACUGACAAUAAAAUGGCUCUUAAUUGUUUGUCA